AUGAGAAGCAAGAAUGAUGAAUUCACAAUCAUGAUGCGGGAAAAGUCUCGCAAGGAAGCGUUGGAGGAGUUGGAGUUGAAGAAGAUGGAGAAGAUGAAGAAGAUGAAAUACAAGAGCAGUUUGAUGGAACAGAUGGAUGAAAUGCGAUUGAAGGCUAGAUAUGAGAUGGACCAGAAAGAUCAGGAGAAGCAGCAAAUCAUCAACAAGCUAAGAGAUGAAGCGCUCCAACAUCAUCGCAAACAGAUGGAGAGCCUGCAGCGCAAGGAAUCUCUUGCAAGAGACAUCCGAAGCGCCAUCGCCAUGGAGCAUCAAGAAAUCCAGCGAGAAAUGGCGGUGUCGAAGAUGAGGGCAAAACAAGAUCGUAAGAGGUUCGAAGAGGAGAUGAAGCAGGAGGAGCUGCAACUCAGAGCAGCCCAGGAAGCUGCAAAGAGAGAGAGAGACCGCGCGCAUGUCGAGAACGCCAAGAUCGCCGAGGAGAAGUUGACGGCAGCAAGGAUGGAGGCGAUGGAGGAGGUCAAGAUGCAGAGAGAGCUCAUGGAGACGUUGAAGAAGAGGGAGGAAAUGCGUGAGAAAGAGAUGUUAGAGAGACAGAAGAAGAUCAAACAGCGAGAGGCCGCAAGCGCAACCUUCUUCCAAGACGCAGCGUCAAGAAGCAGAGAAGCGGAGGUCAGGAUCGCGCUACAGAACCAGGAGAGGAUGAAGGAGGAGGCAGACAAGGAGGUGCAAGAUAAGAGGGACAAGAAGGAGAGGACGCGGGAGACCUGA